CGCAGGUGCCGGACGGAGCCCGCAGAGCGGCGCAGGCGCAGAGGCUUCGUCCGUCCUCUCCCAGAGUGCCCCGCGCGUGAUCACGUGAACGCGGGCGAGCGGCGAUGGCUGCCCCCUGGCUCCUGCUCCUGCUGCUGGCGGCGCCGGCCGCGGUCCAGGGGAGCGGCUGUCGGGCCGGCGCUCGGGGGGCUGCUGCCGAAGGCUGCGGACCCGCGGCGCUGCUGCUGGAGCACUCCUUUGAGACCGAUGACAGCGUCCACUUCCGGAAGCGGGGCUCCCUGACGUGGAACGUGCAGGAUGGGACGGUCAGCCUGACCCAGCGGCAGCUGACGGAGGACGAGCGGGGCCGGCUGCGGGACGUGGCAGCUCUGAACGGCCUGUACCGGGUCAGGGUCCCCCGGAAGCCCGGGACCACCGAGGGCCCGGCCACCGCCGGCCACGUCUCCUCCUUCGUCCCCGCGGUGAGUCCCCCGGGAAGCCCCUGUCUUUGCCGGGGUCGUGGGUGGUCGCCUCCAGUUCCCUGUUUGGGGGGGCCGAGACCCUGCCUCAGAAGGCCCCUUCCUGCCCGGAGAUUUGCCCCGCCCCCGAGCCCCCAGGCAGAAGCCCCCCCUUCCCCUUUAAAACGUAUGCCCGGGGCGGGGUGGGGGGCCCCACCAGACCUCCCCCCUUGGUCCCUGGCCCCUCCCACCUCUCAGGGGGCUAAGGGCCCCCAGGGGGCCGGACCCGGCCCCUUUACCAUUCCCCCUUUCUGGGGGUUUCCCGGGGCCAACCCCACCCAGCCCCAGUGGAUGUACAUCGUCCCCAUUGUCCUGUUCCUCAUGAUGUCUGGAGCUCCGGAUGCUGGUGGCCAGGGAGGGGGUGGUGGGGGCGGGGGCGGGGGCAGUGGGAGAUAAGGGCUGACCUGUCACUAAAUAAAGUUCCCAUUGGACCCUG